GUCUACCGCAUACCGCAUGCUCUGUGCAUACUAAGUAGCCAGCCAAGAAGAAGUAUAAAACCGAAAGGUAGCUGCCAGAAAAGUAUCAUAGUUCACUUUACCUUCCAUCGAAGUAAACCAAACUCAAACCAAAACAAUUCAAGAUGUUCAAAUUCGUCGCUAUCUGCUUCAUGGCUGUUGUUGCCCUUGCUGCCGCUAAACCAGGAGUUCUUGCCCCAGCAUUGGCCUACUCAUCACCUUUGGUAGCUGCACCAGCUGCAUACGCUUCAUACGUGGCUCCAUAUGCCUCAAGUUACAACGCCCACUCAGUUGCCCACUCUGCUGCCUACCCAGCUGCCUAUGCUGCUGCCGCUCCUUUGGUCGCCGCUCCAGCUGCAUACGCUGCCGCACCUGCUUUUGCUCCAGCAGCUUAUGCUUCUCCAGCUUUCGCACCUGCAGCUUACUCAGCCCCUCUGCUUUUCAAGUAAAUUGACGGAUUUGAAUAAUUUUUUUGAACAUAUGCUAAUGCAUCAGGACUAUGAUCAAGGACAAUGAAUAAAAAAAAUAUCGAAACCGAA